GGCAUGCGACGGCUUCUUUUGAGAGGUUAUUGCUGUCGACAGUCUGUCCCGAGCUGUUUGUGAGAAGGCAAAAGGUAUGCGGGCUCGGACGGUCCCCGCUACCUUGCUAGUGCUGCUCAUCGCAAUAGGCACGCUGCACGCCAACCGGCGGAAACAAAAAGACAAAUACGUGCCAACAACCAUCAACAUAUGUGACAUCAGCGACCGAGACUCCAAAGUACACUGCUACUGCGAACACAGCCAAGAAAUCAACGAAGCACUAAAAACAGAAUGCUGGGUCUUCAACGGCGGCAUACAGAAAUCAGACCCGCUAUGGACGAGCUUCUCUUCUCAGUCAAAUAUAGAAAACCUAGCGUUCAACGUCCGAGCAGACGGCGGAUUAGAUUUCGUCCCUUCAAAAGUACUAAGAUACUUGAGAAGAUUGAAGCAUUUCAGCAUGAAGUACAGCUCGAUACCAAAAAUAGACACUAACACAUUCAUGAAUUUGACCUCAGUGCAGGAGAUGACGCUGACGAAAAACCAGAUUAUUGUUCUAAAUAAACAUGCGUUCAAUAAUCUCCCUAACUUGACCGUGCUAACACUCGACGAAAACAAAAUAAAAGAAUUGGUGACAGAGACUUUUUAUGAACUCCCAGUGUUGCAAAAACUGUAUCUAACUAAUAAUAGUAUAAGUGUGAUCCAAGAUGGCGCAUUCAGACAUCUUGUUAACUUAGUGGAGUUAGAGUUGGAUAGGAAUAAUAUAGUAACUCUUAAGAAAGAGUGUUUCGAUGGCCUGGCGAAUCUGAAGCGGCUCGAUUUGAGGAAAAACAAAUUAGCCGUUCUCGAGUCGUUCACAUUCACUGAACUGUGGAAUCUCCAGGAAUUGCUAUUAGACUAUAAUGAAAUUUAUAUUCUGGCUCAGAGAACAUUUGAUGGAUUAUCUCUGUUAAAGAAAUUAAGUUUAAGUCAUAACAAGCUAGUGACCCUCGCUGGAGGUCUCUUUGAAGGAGUACGAGGGUUGUCCGCCCUCGAUUUAAGACAUAACAAACUACAGAGAUUCACAAUGGACAACCUACGACCGAUAUAUGAUAACCUGAAAAAUCAAAACAGCUACAUCAAUCUAGAUGGGAACGACUUCAACUGCGAUUGCCACCUGGCCUGGAUGCACAAGCUCCGACAUGAAGCCAGCAGCAUCAAAGUACGCACCUCCCUAGAGAAAUUCGUUUGCAAAUUCAACUCUAAUCCCACCCUCAACGCGCACUUCGCUUACUUCGAAUCCAACGCUAUAAACUCGAACAUUUUACCGGAGAAUGAUGACAAAAGUCAAAUAAAAGAUUACUCCGACGAGCCGGAUGAAUUUUUUCAGGAGGAAAUCGAUGACACUGAUGAACCUAAAUUGACGAAGGGUGAGAAUGAGAGGACAUUACUGCAGAUACCGGUGGAGUUACUGCCGUGCCCGCAGGACGUGAAGAGCGUCACAGAUAGAACAUACACGUAUCCGUCUCAGAACGAGGCCAAAGACUACAGAAACCUAAUUCAGCCGUCGACGGCGGCCGCGUCGCAACUUAUAUUAAAUUUCGCUCUCCCAACGCUGCCUGUUGUUAUGUUACUUAGAUACGGCUGAAGGGUAAUGAGAAUUUGCCGUAUUUCUAAUGUUUUGGACCAGUCACUUUGUAAAGUAAAAGAGAAGUUAGCGUUUCAAUAAAUUACUGUUUUAUACUUGUUCUGUCGACGUCAUUUCGUUUAUAUUCUUCCAUUUGAAACGUUUUGAAAGGGAUAUUAAAUUGUUUCGCGAGAUCACUUUCUCGUCUGUUCGGAACUUCACGAGAAGGUAAAUUUUAAUGAAAAUUUUAUAAGAAAAUGUGAUAUAAUUAUAAGUAAUGUAACUCUUAAAGAUAAAUCCUUAGGAGAACAAUUUAAUGUACCUACUUUUCUAAAGAGAAAAAAAUUACAUUUCGUAAUGUAAAUAUAGUUGGUAAGAAUUUUGGCUUAUUUUUCUUGUUAAUAAUAUUAUUGAGAAUCUGUAAAAUAUAUGUGGAGCGUUAUAAUCCUUACCGUAUUUCUUGUUAACUUUAACAUGGUAAUUAUGAGAUUAAAAUUACGGUAAUGAAUAAGCUGUGUUAGGAUAAAAAAUAGUAUAGUAGCCGUUAAUUAUUUCAUACUUUUUGGUGAAUGUUAAAUUUAUUCAUAAACUGACGUAAACAAUUGUAAAAACCGAUAAAUACUAGAUGACCAGAGGUCUGGCAGGUACAUUCGGCCAGAGAAUAAGGCUGGCCAUCCAAAGACGUAGCUUCUGCUAUCCUUCUGGGCAUCUGAGAAUAUUUUUUUAUUUAUAAGUCCCUAUGCCUUUUUGACGUCAAACAUAUACAAGAAUAUCUACAUAAAAAGAUUAAUUCUGUGGUAUUCAUACUAAUGAAUACCGUACUAACGUUUUUAUGCCAAAAUUGUUAGAGAGAAUUACAACAGAAAAAUACACAUAAUGUACCGAAAAAAUAUAGAUUUUUAGGACGAAGUUGUUUUUUCAUAUCCUUUUACUACUACUAAACUACUAGUUUUUACUAUUACAAUACGUCUGCAAGUUAAAAUUUACACGAAAUAUGUUAUUCAUCAUCAAGCAAAAUAUUCUGUAUUUUACUUGCACUAAACUUUAAGUCAUAACAUUUAACCUUAUCCUAAUUGUAUUAACAGAA